GCUAGCGAGAGGCGAUCGUGAUAGCGAGAGGUGACGGUGCGGCCAGGCGGCCGUGCGGUGACUGCGGCCACCUGCCCGAGCCCGGUGGUCCGCCCUCAGAUCCCGGCGAUGCGCGGCGGCGCCGCAUGGACGCUGCUGCUGGCCGCAGCCCUGGGGCUCGGGGCGCGCGGGGUGCGCGCUGCGGUGGCCCUCGCCGACUUCUACCCGUUCGGCACGAAGCGCGGCGACGCCGUCACCCCGAAACAGGACGACGGCGGCUCAGGGCUGCAGCCCCUCUCGGUGCCCUUCCCGUUCUUCGGCGCCGAGCACUCCGGACUCUACGUGAACAACAACGGGAUCAUCUCCUUCCUGAAGGAGGUUUCUCAGUUCACCCCCGUGGCCUUCCCCAUUGCCAAAGACCGCUGUGUGGUAGCAGCCUUCUGGGCAGAUGUGGACAACCGACGCGCGGGUGACGUCUACUACCGGGAGGCCACUGACCCAGCCGUGCUGCAGAGAGCCACAGAGGACAUCAGACGGUACUUUCCUGAGCUCCCGGACUUCUCUGCUACCUGGGUUUUUGUUGCCACCUGGUACCGUGUGACCUUCUUUGGAGGCAGUCCCUCUUCCCCCGUCAACACAUUCCAAAUAGUGCUCAUCACUGACGGCAGGUUCUCUUUCACCAUCUUCAACUAUGAGUCUGUCUUGUGGACCACAGGCACACACGCCAGCAGCGGGGGUGAUGCUGACGGCCUGGGAGGAAUCGCAGCCCAGGCUGGUUUCAACGCAGGUGAUGGGCACCGUUACUUCAACAUCCCUGGGUCACGCACAGCAGACAUGGCUGAGGUGGAGACCACCACCAACGUGGGCGUGCCCGGGCGCUGGGCGUUUAGAAUCGAUGAUGCCCAGGUGCGCGUGGGGGGCUGCGGCCAUACAACCUCUGUGUGCCUGGUCCUGCGUCCGUGCCUCAAUGGUGGCAAGUGCAUUGAUGACUGUGUCACAGGCAACCCCUCCUACACCUGCUCCUGCCUCGCUGGCUUCACAGGGCGGAGGUGCCACCUGGAUGUGAACGAGUGUGCUUCCCACCCAUGUCUAAACGGUGGGACCUGCACCCAUGGUGUCAACAGCUUCAGCUGCCAGUGCCCCGCCGGCUUCAAGGGACUCACCUGUGAAUCAGCCCAGUCUCCGUGUGACAACAAAGUGUGUCAAAAUGGCGGCCGGUGCCAGGCAGAGAGCAGCUCUGCAGCUUGUGUGUGCCAGGCUGGGUACACUGGGGCCACCUGUGAGACAGAUGUGGAUGAAUGCAACCCUGACCCAUGCCUGAAUGGAGGAUCCUGUGUCGACCUGGUUGGGAACUACAGCUGUGUUUGUGUGGAGCCCUUUGAGGGACCUCGAUGUGAGACAGGGAGCUACCCAGUGCCUUCCCCCUGCCUCUCCAGUCCCUGCCAGAAUGGGGGUACCUGUGUAGAAGCGGAUCAGGGAUAUGUGUGUGAAUGUCCUGAAGGCUUCGUGGGCUUGGACUGCAGAGAGAGAAUUCCUAAUGACUGUGAGUGCCGGAACGGUGGCAGCUGCCUGGGGGCCAACACCACCCUCUGCCAGUGUCCUCCAGGCUUCUUUGGGCUCCUUUGUGAAUUUGAAGUCACAGCCACGCCCUGCAACAUGAACACACAGUGUCCAGACGGAGGCUACUGCAUGGAGUAUGGUGGGAGCUACCUGUGUGUCUGCCACACAGACCACAACAUCAGCCACUCUCUGCCGUCACCCUGCGAUUCCGACCCUUGCUUUAAUGGAGGCUCCUGUGACGCCCACGACGACUCCUACACGUGUGAGUGCCCACGUGGAUUCCACGGCAGGCACUGCGAGAAAGCCCGGCCACACCUCUGCAGCUCAGGGCCCUGCCGGAAUGGCGGCACAUGCAAAGAGACAGGCAAUGAGUACCACUGCACCUGCCCUUACCGCUUCACCGGGAGACACUGUGAGAUUGGAAAGCCAGACUCCUGUGCCUCCGGCCCCUGUCACAACGGUGGCACUUGCUUUCACUACAUUGGCAAAUACAAGUGUGACUGCCCUCCAGGCUUCUCUGGGCGGCACUGCGAGAUAGCCCCCUCCCCCUGCUUCCGGAGCCCAUGCAUGAAUGGGGGUACCUGUGAGGACCGAGGGGCAGAUUUCUUCUGCCGCUGCCAGCCGGGGUAUACAGGACACCGGUGUCAGGCAGAGGCGGACUGUGGUCGCCCUGAGGAGGUGAAGCAUGCUACCAUGCGCUUCAAUGGAACUCACGUGGGCUCAGUGGCCCUGUACACGUGUGACCGUGGCUUCAGCCCGAGUGCCCUCAGCCAUAUGCGUAUCUGCCAGCCACAAGGUGUCUGGAGCCAGCCUCCCCAGUGCAUUGAAGUAGAUGAGUGCCAGUCUCAGCCAUGUCUGCAUGGAGGCUCCUGCCAGGAUCUCACUGCUGGUUACCAGUGCCUCUGCAGCCCGGGGUAUGAAGGAGUCCACUGUGAGCUAGAGACAGACGAGUGCCAAGCACAACCCUGCAGGAAUGGAGGCUCCUGCCGGGACCUCCCCGGGGCUUUCAUCUGCCAGUGUCCUGAAGGGUUCACUGGAGGCCACUGUGAAACAGAGGUGGACGCCUGUGCCUCCAGCCCCUGCCAGCACGGAGGCCGGUGUGAGGACGGUGGCGGGGCCUACCUGUGUGUGUGUCCAGAGGGCUUCUUUGGCUACCACUGCGAGACAGUGAGUGACCCCUGCUUCUCUAGCCCCUGUGGGGGCCGCGGCUACUGCUUGGCCAGCAACGGGUCCCACAGCUGUACCUGCAAAGUGGGCUACACAGGCAAGGGCUGCACCAAAGAGCUCCUCCCACCAACAGCUCUCAGGGUAGAGAGGGUAGAGGAGAGCGGGGUCUCCAUCUCCUGGAGCCCACCUGAGGGCACCGUGGCCAGACAGAUGCUAGAUGGCUAUGCAGUCACCUACGCCUCCUCGGACGGCUCCUCCCGGCGCACAGACUUCGUGGACCGGAGCCGCUCCUCUCACCAGCUGCGGGCCCUAGCAGCCGGCCGGGCCUACAACAUCUCCGUUUUCUCAGUCAAACGAAACACCAACAACAAAAACGAUAUCAGCAGGCCGGUGGUACUGCCCGUCCGAACCCGACCCCGUGCUAUUGAAGACUUCGAUGUCACCAAUGUUUCAGCCAAUGCCAUCUCAGUGCAGUGGGCUCUUCACAGGAUCCAGCAUGUUACUGUCAGCAGGGUCCGAGUGUCCAUCCUCCACCCUGAGGCCUCUGUGGCCCAGUCCACUGAGGUGGACAGAAGUGUGGACCGAGUCACAUUUGGGGACCUGCUACCAGGAAGAAGAUACACUGUGCAGCUAACCACCCUCAGUGGGCCUGGAGGAGCUGACUACCCUACUGAGAGCCUGGCCUCAGCACCACUGAACGUGUGGACCCGGCCUUUGCCUCCAGCAAACCUGACUGCCUCUCGGGUCACAGCCACCUCUGCCCACGUGGUCUGGGACACCCCCACUUCAGGUAUCUCCCUGGAGGCUUAUGUCAUCAAUGUGACCACCAGCCAGAGCACCAAGAGCCGCUACAUCCCCAAUGGGAAGCUGGUGUCCUACACAGUGCGUGACCUGCUGCCAGGUCGGCGGUACCAGCUCUCGGUUACGGCCGUGCAGAGCACAGAGCAGGGCCAGCUGCACAGUGAGCCUGCCCACCUCUACAUCAUCACCUCCUCCAGGGAUGGCACUGACAGACGUUGGCACCAGGGAGGACACCCCCUACGGAUGCUCAGAAACAGGCCAGCCCCUGUGCGCCUGCCAGAGCUGCACCUGCUCAAUGACCACAGUGCCCCUGAAACACCAACUCAGCCACCCAGGUUCUCGGAGCUUGUAGAUGGAAGAGGAAGAGUGAGUGCCAGGUUUGGUGGCUUGCCCAGCAAAUCGGUCACCGUGAGAUCACAACCCACCACUCUGGCACCACUCAAGAACACAGAGGAGGCCCCUGAGCAGGUCCGCCUGGCCCUCCAGCUACCCAAGAACAGCAGCAAGGACACAGAGAGUGCUCCUGGUGGCUGUUCAGAAGGUGCCUGUCAGAAUGGAGGCACCUGUGUGCCAGGUGCCAAUGCCCACAGCUGUGACUGCAGGCCUGGGUUCAAAGGAAGACACUGUGAGCUUGCCUGUGAAAAAGUGCCCCGCCCCUGCACACGGCUGUUCUCUGAGACGAAGUCGUUCCCUGUCUGGGAAGGAGAUGUCUGCCACCAUGUGUAUAAGAAAGUCUACAAAGUUCACCAGGACAUUUGUUUUAAAGAGCGCUGUGAGAGCACAAGCCUCAAAACUCCAAACAGGAAACAAAGUGACAGCCAGACACUGAAGAAAUCUUAA